AUGCGCCAUGAUGCGAUAGACCCCUGCCUUGGAUUCUAUCCCUCCGUUUUAGCGCAUGUGGCUGCUAAUGCUGCAGCCGCAGCUGUUUCUCAAACUACUCCAGGCGUGUAUACAAAUACAUCGAACGAUUUAACUCCAUCGCAAAACAGAAAACGAAAGACUGAAGAAGAAUUGCCCCGGAUCGACGCGACUCCGACCGGUCAAACAAAGCCGGAGCCUGCUACUAUCAUACAUAAGAAGAGACCAAAUCCGGAGUCUAAUAAGAGGAGAGAUGUGAAGAGGCCUAGGAAAUAUGCAAAACAACGGCAAAAACAGCCUAAAAACGACGUUGAUACGGGCUCUGAGCAAGAAACCUCAGAGUCACUGUCACCGUCUCCGAUCAAGGGGACAUUCAAACAUAAUCCCAUGCGCAUCCAUUCACCUGCCGACAAGACUGACGUUCAUUCUCGAGUCAAACGAAAGCGACGACGGCCUCUUGCAGAUUGCUUGCUUCAAGCUGCUGUGUUGUCCGGUGUAAACCCUGUGGACAGCCUUAUCGAACCUGAUCCAAGCGCACCUCCACCUACUCGAAAGCCUCUUCAGUUCGAAAUACCUGAUUUUCUUCGUCAUACUCCCGAGUCUCAACUCAAACGUCGCCCGUCAUGGACUCUCGUCGAUCCUCAUCGGACAACCUCUAUUCGUACUGCUUCGUUCGCUUCCGUUCGAGAGAAGCAGACGUUGGCUCCUUCAAGCUUAAACCCGACACUCAAGCCGUUAACAGGAUGGUCUACUAGUACCUUCUCGCGUCCAUCAAAGGAGAAGAAAAACGAGGCUGCUUUCAAGCACGCGAAAAUCAGGGCCUCUAGUUCCAAAGUAAAUACAGAAGUGCGGUAUGGCUCACGACGGCCGUUGACGUUGGUUCCCAUUGAGCAAUCAGAACUGCUCGAGAACAAAAUUACUCCUCGUGUCUCUAGCCUUCCUAAGGAAUCUUUGAAGUUGACCUCUCAUGUAAUUGGUACCAGUAUCGCUACGAAGACAUCACCGCCUCCGCUGACUUUGAUCAAUGUGCUAACCAAGGAUACGCCAGUCAUCAAAUCCACCAAUCAAGCGAGUUCGCCAUCGCAUCUGCCUCAAGUCUCUCAUCUUGACCUGGCCAGUGAAAUUGAUAACAUUGGAUUUAACACUGACCCAGAUCGUGAACUCAAACCCUCUGCUGCUGUCGCUCCUCUUGCAUAUGUUUCCAUACCCCCUUCACCAAAGCUGAUUGAAGAGCUUCAAGUUUCACCCCUUCUUCAAAAUUUACCUGCGCUCAUUCUGAAUCCUACUACUUCCGUUCCCCUUCUUGCAUCUCUGGCUUCCGCUUUCAAUACUCUCGGAGAAGUUCAACAUUCUAGUUCCAAUAGUUUUUCCAGUCCAAUCUCGUCAACAAGUACCAAAUCUCACUCUGUCAACACUCCGUCUCGUCCUGACACUAUCAGUGUCGACUCGUCAAAAAAGCCCGCCAAACCGCUCUCAUCGUUCUUCGACGAAUUUCUCGAAACUGUUCGUGUAGCGACCUCGGCAAGUCAACGUCACCAGAAAGUCAAUGUCCAACCAUCAAUUCGUCGAGAACGACUUGUUAGCUCUCGCAAGACGGAACAAGGGAUAAAUCUUUCUGAUGCGCCGCAACCUCACGUCUCUGCUGGAAUACAAGUCCAGAGUCAUCCUCGAGAUGAAGCUGGUGACUACAUAUUCGAUGAAUGGGCUUUGCGCACCACGUCAAAGGUAGAAAGUGAACAUGCCGAACUCAAGAAUGAUAGUCAAGAAAUGCACAACGGUCCAUCAAUGACCACUCGAGAUCUUUUGGCCGUAUUGCAGCCUUCCCAAUUCCAGAUAAUACUGCCUCCACUUAGCCCAACCCCUGCAUCACAGACGAACCCUAUACGGAGCAGCAUGUCAGGUUUGCGUGCUUUCUACAUGUGA